GUGCAGACAGAGAGGACGCUCGUCCGUAUACAGCCGUACAGUGUGUUGGUUCCGUGCUGAACGGCAGUCGCUGGACGUGUGAUACGAGCGUGUGUGUUGCUUUGCAAAACGGUUGUAAGAAUUGGAAUUCUUGCACUAAAAUUCCCGUGUUGACAAUAGUGCGAACCUAGCAGCGGCGUGUUCGGAGAUACUGAGCUCACUGAAGUGAGCUGCAGCCGUUACCUCUCCAGUUACAGAUAAAUUUCUCACGCUACAUCCUAUCCAUCGUUCAUCCACCGUUCGUCCUGAUUUGGAAGGAUGUAGACUCUCUAGGGGAGGCACCUUCCACCGGUUACGGUAGCAUACGGCUAUGCGCCAGCGAUCGUCGGUCGCCAUUCGUGACUCCUCCGGCAUCCGCUCAAGCGCCCAUGGCUCUAUGGAGUCAGUGUUGCCGCGCAACCGUCUAACUAGUGCCUCCACGUCCAAAAGCAACGGCGGUAGUACGCAUUACGGAGCAGCAGUAGUAGCACCAACGCCACCACCAGCACACUUCCGGCCGGCGGUAACCGGCGGUGUUAUGAAUGAUCACUCUCGCUGCGACAGUCGGACAUCGCACCAGAGUCUUAGCAGCAGCAUCGUCAGCAGCAGUAGCAGCAAUAGCAGCAGUACGAGAGUGCCCAAGCACAGCGUGCUAAAGUCAGUGGAACAACGCGUACGGCAUAAGAUUAGUCCCGGGCCGGAAAACGCUGUCAGCUCCACAUCAACGCCGGGUACAUCGUACAGAGCCGGUGCGGGUGCCACAGCACAGACCGGUGACGGUUCGACCAGUAACGCACGGACACUAUCAGCAAACGAUCCCGACAACCUAUCCAGCUACAGACGAUACAGCACCUAUACGGCCGGACUGAAAGAAUCUAGCAAGUGUCCCACACCGGGUUGCGUCGGAUUAGGCCACGUCACCGGACUAUACUCGCAUCAUAGAAGCUUAUCCGGAUGUCCGCGGCGCGAUAAAGUAUCGUCUGAAUUACUAGCGCUUCACGAGACGAUUUUGAAAUGCCCUACACCGGGUUGUAACGGCCGUGGACACGUCAGUGCUGGACGCAAUUCGCAUCGAAGUCUCUCUGGAUGUCCCAAGGCAGCCGCAAGUAAGGCAGCUGCUCGCGAACUUAAGUAUCAAAAUGGUUUGCUUUUUCGGCAAAAGUUACACACAGCAGUGCUAAACUAUCAGCAAUUGGGUGACUACCAUACGGCGUUAGCAGUGUCGGCGGAUGACGUAGCUGCCCGCGACAUUAACGCAACCCGUCAGCUUCCGGUGCAAACAAUUCAAUCGACUGAUACCGCUAGAAUAAGGCAGCAACCACCCACAGCGCACAGCCGGCAAGCGAAGGAUCUUAGCAGUAAGCAUAUUGCAGGUCACGAGUCGAACAGCGAAUCACCAGGCGCGAACGUAAACGAAAACACCGACCUACCCCAAUCGAACGGAAGGCCGGUUAUUAAAACUGAGCAGCAGGAGGAUACAUCCCAACCGUCGGGUGAGUCUUCGAGUCAACAACACCCGUCAGACACACGCAGCAACAAGAUGCUCGAGAGUAGCUACGGACGUGAUCAAGAUCUUGCCCGGUACGGGCAGAUUGGCGAUACGCGACAGCAACAGUAUACGACAGCACACUACGAUACGAGCCAAACGCUACCAGCCAGCUCAUACGAUCUCGGUUCAUACACAUCCCGUGGCUACGAUACGGGUGCCUUCGAACGGUACGACACCGCCAGCUACGGCAUGCAGAAGAGCUUCAUGUACGGCUCCGUCUACCAGCCGGUACAGUCGACGCUCGAUGACUACUCCGUUGCGGUCGGUCUGUCCGGCACGGGUGUUGGCCAUACAGCGCCCGGGCAGACACCACCGGUCGGGAACCUUGGUCCGACGAUACAGCAAGAGUCGAUGCUACCACCGGCAGGUCCACCGCUCCUAAAGGUGGAGAUGCCUGACGAUAACAACACCGCCACCGAACCAAUCUACCCGCGACCCGUCUAUCACUACGAACCGUCAUGCGGUGGUAGUCCAGCACAUCCGCCCGGUUACUCAGCGAUAAAUUUAAGCGUCAAAGUAACCUCGAGCGAAGGUACACUGCGCGGUGGCGUUGGAUCACCCGGCGUAACACCCACGAACGGUCCAUCCGAACGGGCGCCUGUUGUGGAUCUCUCGUCGAACGGUGUAUCCUCCUCGAACGGGCAGCUCACCGCGGACGGUGGAAAGGGUGAGGCAGAGACGCAACUCAGUCCUAAGCCCGGCACCAGUCCGAACCACAUCAAGGCAAACAGUCCACACAUACCUAGCCCCCAGGGCCAUACACUUGACCUGAGCGUUAGUCGACUACCCAAUAGCUCAACAAGUCCACAGUAUCAUCAGGACACAGCAACAGCUGCAACGAACGCUAGAUCACCUCCAACAGAACCGGUGGACUUCAGUGGUGCACCAAGGCCUCUUAGCUUUGGCUUUAUGGGACCGCCCGGCCCUGGAUAUAGUCGGGAAUCGACACCGGACAGUGCAGCCUCGCAUUAUCUCGAUGGUUACCGAGAUCAUACCGGCUAUAGUCCACAUCCGGGCUACGGUAUGGUAGAGUACGCAAACGGAUAUCCUGGCUACGGAUCCAACUACCAGGCAUGUCCACCGUACGGUGCCUCCCUCGGCCCAUACUCAUCCGUACCGGGGGCAGGAUACUCGUCCGCCGGUUCUUGUUACGCCAUGCCACCACCAUCACACAUACCCUCGCACGACAAGCUGCUUAAGGAUGGCUUGUCUGGACUUUCGCGCACCGACAGACAAUAUCAUACGAACACGCAGGAGCUCAAGUGUCCAACGCCCGGGUGCGAUGGUUCUGGACACGCGACCGGUAACUAUUCAUCCCACCGCAGCCUGUCCGGCUGUCCGCGAGCAACUAAACCGAAAAGCAAACCUCGAGACGGUCAAGAAUCGGAACCGUUAAGAUGUCCAAUCCCAGGUUGUGAUGGUUCGGGACAUUCGACGGGGAAGUUUCUCUCACAUCGAAGUGCGUCCGGAUGUCCGAUUGCAAACAGGAAUCGUAUGCGCGUGAUGGAUACAGGCGUACCAACCUCAGCCGAGCUUCAACCACAGCACUCUUCCAAGCUUAACUCGAUGAAGUUUGACGGUGUGUCGAACACAAACGGUUGUGAUGCGCUGGCAAACUCACUAGGUCAGGGCAUUAAGAAGGCAAAAUACUCCGAGGAACAUCUGGGCGAUGGCUAUGGUAAACAAUACUCAGCUAUGUCAGACAUGGUGAUGACGCACUCGCCGGAUCAAGAUACGCGCAACAGCGGUAAUCCUUCCAAUGUGACAAACGGUACGGUAGGACCAACGUCGCACGAAACGAUAGCACCCGGCUCGUCGAUGGGCCUCGCCCAUCUCCGAUCUGGCAACAACGGUACCGUACUGUCCCGCAUGCAAGACCCGAAUGUACAGGACGCACCGACCGAGCAGCGUGUCGGUAGCGAUGGAUCGGCGGGCGUUGGCGGUAGCAGCGAGAGCGGUGGUGCUGGUGGCUCAUCCGGAGCCGGCGAAGACCUGCUGUCGCUCGAGGCGGAAAUAUCCGAGCUGCAGCGGGAGAACGCCCGCGUCGAGUCGCAGAUGCUCCGGCUGAAGACCGACAUUACCGCAAUGGAGACGCAGCUUAGCCACGCCGAACGGGAAAACGAGACAACUUCUGGUCGUGGCCACGUAACGGGGUACUACGAUCAUCUGCGCAAUAACGUUAUAACCAUGCUCGAGCACGUGAAGAUACCACCGGGUGCGGGUACAGCGUGUGACGGCACUACCCUGUCCGCACACGAAACCAACGUACGACACGUCAACGGGGAAGGUAUUCGACAUGGAAACACCAUCAAUAGUGGCAACGAUAAAAACAACAACAAUACUACGACCGGCAACAGUAAGCAUCUACAUGCCGAUGGUGAGGGUGAUGGUAAUAAUAACAGUAGCCACAGUACGAACCAGGAGGCCGUACUGCCUCCCACCCAUGGACAGAUCUGUUGCGGUGGGCUGAAUGCGAACAAACGUGGCCCAUCGGUAGGUGACGAGCUGCAGGACCGUGUGCUACAAUCAGCUGGUACCGUCGCAGACCAUGCGGACAUUCCGCGUACGCCGGACAAUCGUACACGGGAGGAACCACCGUAUGAUAACUACCUUUCCAAGCUACAAUCCCUCUGCUCUUCACACUCAAUCACCCCGUCCACUACCUCCGCUUCGUCUACUGCGUCCGCUUCCUCGGUUGAUUCUUCCAACACCUACACGACGGUCGUGACCGCCUGCAGUCCAAUGGUAACGCCACAGCAUCACCAUCACCAUCACCAUCAGCAUCAUCAUCUUCACGCGCACCACCAUCUCGGACAUCUGCCCUCCGGUGGUUCUGCUUCGUCCGUCCCAACCGGACCGCCACCCUCGGCCGUGUCCGGCAUGAUGGCAUCGCACCACUACCAACCCCAACCACCCCACCCAAUGCAUCAUCUGUACGAAGCAAACGGUCCUAUUUAUACUAACCUUGGGCCGGCCACUGAUUCACAUCCAAUGUACGAUCCGAUGAAGCUACCGAGUGCUGGCGCUGGUGAAGGAUUCAUGGGGAUGGCUCUUCCGGCACCGAUAUAAAGACUCCCUGCAGAAGAAAAACAAAAGAAAUAUUUGAAACAUUACUGACGAAAACACACACAGACACAUAAAAAGCACAGAUCGUGACACAACCACUUUCGGAGCUGUUUUCACAACACUUACUCCUAAGUAGAUGGAAUUAUUGUAUACGUUUCUUUGUGAACAGUUCUCGGUUGUGUGUAUUGCGUUGUAACUUGCAAGGAAAAGUCUGCCAACUUGGUCAUCGUUGGACCAUAAAAUGGCAUGUCUGUGAGUGUAUGAGAUCGAAAGCCACUAAAAAAGAUAGUAAGCGGGACUUAAGCAGAUAAUUCUGUGAUGCGUAUUGCAUACAUUCAGGCGUUUUAUCACCCAAACAGAGCAGCUCUGUCUUUUGGGAGCUAUAAUUAUUCAGCAGGAUAAUGUUAGCUGACCAAUAUGAAAUUAGAUUUAUACAACCCCUGUUUUAAAGCAUCUUUUGUAGUGCGGGUGUCGUACUUUUAGGCGCUCAUUAAAUUUUACACAACUAGAUUAUGUUGUUAUCAUUAUGUUACAAAAUGUAAUUUGUAAAGAGCUUAUGAUUUGUUUGUUGGUGUGCAAUACACGCACCUCUUAAUCACCAUGAUCAAGUCCUGCUUACUACUUCUUUAGGUUCUUUUAUUCUAUUACAUGUCAACUGGCCAUACAUACUUUUCAGUCAGACACAUAUCAUAGACGAAGGCAAGAUUCUGCUGCUUGGUGUGCAGCCGGUUGACACACUCACACAGAAACACAUUCGAAAAACCCAAAAACCCAAUCGAAUCGCUAUAGGGCGAACAUAUCAUUAGCUACCAGUGUCUUGAGUAAUGCAAGGCAACCAUUAACGCUAAUGAUGAUACGAAACUAGAUGUACAUGUAUGAAAAUUCUAACUUAUUGAAACAAAAUGGUAUUAAAAAACAAAACCAAAAACAAAGUGUAUGCGUCAUGUUAACAGGCAGGACAAACAACAUGUCCACUAGAGGAACAAAAGAAAAAAAAACCGGAUGAAGGAAAAGCCACUCACAUACUAGAGCACACACAGCCAUACAUACACAGAACGGAUACGAUUUUAUGCGUGAACCCUCUGGUACGGUUUACUUCCAUGAGAAUUGCGUACCCGUACGGAGGACACCCUUCCCCCACCUUCAAGGGAAUCUAGCGUUUAAGGUAAAACAAGUUUUUGUCAUAAGUUUAAAAACAAAUAAAUACGAGUUAAAUAAUAAA